UGUGCUUGGGGAGAGACGCGCACGCACGGAGCCAUUUUGUCCUCACUUUAAACUUAACGUGGGUAAUGUCACUUGGUUCCAUGGAUACCAGCCUGAUAAACUGUUUUUUCUCCUGCUAAAAAGCUACAAUGAAGGAUAAAAGAAAGUCGACGUGCCGGCAGAAGGAGAGUUGACCUGUUUUUCUGCAUGUUUUGUGGAGUUUCACACCAUGGAUCUUGUAAUGUGUUGGUUAUUAUGGGUUCACCUUCUCCUCUGCGCUCCUCUCAUGGGAUGUUUCGACUUGCACCUCUCGGAGACUUUACGUUCUGGAGCUGUUUUGGCCAAUUUGUCACUGGGACCAGGUUGGACGUAUAAAAUAGACAGGGCUUUAACUUCAGAGUACAUUGGCAACUUUAUUAAAGUGGACUGGAGAGAUGGAGUAGUGCGUUUAAAUGGAAAGGUGGAUUGUGCGCGCGCCCCUCACAGCGCGCUGCCUCUUUAUUUUAAAAUCCAAUCAUUAACAACCGAAGGACUAGUUAACGCACAUUUCAAUGUAUUUGUGCACGGACGAAAUUGCGUGUUCAAAUAUAAAAGGAAGAGAGUGACAAAGCCUGAUAUCAGCGUGGAUUGCAUUUAUAAUUUAGGACUAACUUCCUGCUUUUCUCCAGGUGAUUUACUCAUUAGUUUUAAGGACUAUUUGCCUGUCUUCACAAGAAACUCUGGUGUUUUUAUUACUUCUUGCACCUCAGACCACCUGAAUGUGUUUGUGCGUAACGGGACAUUACUCGUGAAGGACGCGUACUGUUUGGAGACGGACUUCAAAGAGACUAUCCGGUGUUCGUUCCAUGAUUCAAACGGUGAGCCCCUUUCUCUGUGCCUCAAAUUACGAUUCGCCUCAGUCCAAACAUCAUUAUUACAUUCUGCUCAACACGUAUCAAAUCAAUGGAAACCGAGAAUACAGCGAGCCGUGAAUUCAGCGCCUCAGUUUCAGUUACCAAACUACCAGGUUGCUGUUCCAGAAAACGAGCCCGAGGGUACGAGAGUCAUCACCCUCAAAGCGACUGACAGCGACCCUGGAGAGGCGGGGAAGAUCGAGUAUGGCAUGGAAGCGUUACUCGACAGACGUUCUAACGACUUCUUCCGGAUAGACCCUCAAACCGGCAGCAUUGAGACUGUCCAGCCCUUAGACAGAGAAGUUAAAGACACGCACGUAUUUAAAGUCACAGCAACUGAUAAUGGCGCACCGCGACGCACUGCCACGUCGUUACUUACAGUUACAGUCAGUGACACCAACGACCACGGUCCCGUUUUUGAACAGAAUGAAUACAGGUUAAGGAUACGAGAAAAUGUGGAAGUUGGUUUUGAGGUGAUUACCGUCCGGGCGACAGAUGGAGAUGCACAAUCCAAUGCAAACAUGAUAUACAAGAUUGUGAAUGGCGAGGGUGUUAAUUCUGGGUUUGAAAUUGAUUCUCGGAACGGACUGGUCAAGAUACGUGUGCGUCCAGAUAGAGAAACUAUGACACAGUAUCAGCUGAUAGUAGAGGCCAAUGACCAAGGAAGGGACCCUGGGCCCCGCAGUGCUACCGCGACACUGCACAUCACAGUUGAAGAUGAAAAUGACAAUUAUCCUCAGUUUAGUGAGAAAAGAUAUGUAGUUCAGGUGCCAGAAAAUGUGGCUGUUAACACUAAAGUGGCUCAGGUAGAAGCCACUGACCGAGAUGAGGGCAAUAACGCUAAGGUUCAUUACAGCAUAAUCAGCGGCAAUGUAAAAGGUCAGUUCUUCAUUCACACCCCAACCGGAGCCAUUGAUGUCAUAAACCCUCUAGACUACGAAAUGAUCAGAGAAUAUAACCUGCGCAUAAAGGCACAGGAUGGAGGCAGGCCUCCUCUCAUUAACGGAACAGGCAUUGUUGUCAUCCAAGUUGUGGAUGUGAACGACAAUGCUCCUAUGUUUGUAAGCACUCCUUUCCAAGCCACAGUUUUAGAGAAUGUACCUAUUGGAUAUUCCGUGAUUCACAUUCAGGCCAUUGAUUCUGAUUCUGGAGAAAAUGCUCGUUUGGAUUACAGCCUCACAGACACCACUCCAGGCUUUCCCUUCACCAUCAAUAACAGCACUGGAUGGAUAACUGUCAGUACUGAGCUGGACAGGGAAACCACUGAAUAUUACACCUUUGGAGUAGAAGCCAGAGACAAUGGUGUUCCGGUUAUGUCGUCCUCAGCUAGCGUUAGCAUCACCGUCCUAGAUGUGAAUGACAACAUCCCUACUUUCACCGAAAAGCUAUACUCACUAAAAAUCAAUGAAGAUGCUGUUGUAGGGACCAGUGUGUUAACUGUUACAGCUCUGGACUGUGAUGUAAACAGUGUGGUCACCUAUCAGAUCUCUAGUGGUAAUACGCGGAACCGAUUUGCCAUCAAUAGUCAAAGCGGAGGUGGACUCAUCACGCUGGCACUGCCUUUAGAUUACAAACAGGAACGCCAGUACGUUCUGACUGUCACCGCCUCGGAUGGUACACGCUUCGACACCGCGCAGGUGUUCAUCAAUGUAACUGAUGCUAACACUCACAGACCCGUGUUCCAGAGCGCCAGCUACCAUCAGACCUUCAGCGAGGACCGACCCAUUGGAUCAACUGUUGUGGUAAUCAGUGCCACAGAUGAAGACACAGGUGAGAACGCACGUAUUACCUAUAUCAUGGAGGACAAUGUUCCACAGUUCAAGAUUGAUCCGGACACAGGUGCCAUCACCACGCAGAUGGAGAUUGACUAUGAAGAUCAAGCCUCCUACACGUUGGCCAUCAUUGCUCGUGACAAUGGAAUCCCUCAGAAGUCUGACACUACUUAUGUGGAAAUCAUUGUCCUGGAUGCCAAUGAUAAUGUGCCACAGUUUGGGAGGGACAAAUAUCAGGGCACUGUGUUUGAAGACGCACCUGUGUUCACCAGUGUGCUCCAGAUAUCUGCUUCAGACAGGGACUCGGGGUCUAAUGGGCGUGUGAGCUACACCUUUCAAGGUGGCGAUGACGGGGAAGGAGACUUCAUGAUUGAACAAUCCUCUGGAAUUAUAAGAACACAAAGGAAGCUGGACAGAGAGAACGUUCCAGUGUAUAACCUGAAGGCCUAUGCAGUAGAUAGAGGAGUUCCUCCUCUCAAAGCAGCGGUGGAGAUCCAGAUUUCUGUGCUGGACAUCAAUGACAAUGCUCCUGUUUUUGAGAAGGAUGAGCUGUUUAUCUACAUCAAAGAAAACAGUCCUGUCGAUUCAGUGGUUGCCCGGAUCAACGCCAUGGAUCCCGAUGAAGGAACCAACGCUCAGAUAUUGUACCAGAUUGUGGAAGGAAAUAUCCCAGAGGUCUUUGAUUUGGAUAUAUUCACUGGAGACUUAAAAGCACUCGUGGAUUUGGACUACGAGACCAAAAUGGAGUACGUCCUAGUCGUACAGGCCACUUCCGCACCUUUGGUCAGCAGAGCAACCGUCCACAUUCGUCUGAUUGAUGUCAAUGACAACGAUCCUGUCCUGCAGAAUUUCGAGAUUAUCUUCAAUAACUACGUCACCAACAAAUCCAACAGUUUUCCGUCUGGGAUUAUAGGAAAGGUACCUGCCUAUGACCCAGACGUGUCAGAUAAGCUCAAGUAUAGUUUCAUUGAAGGAAAUGAGCUGAAUUUGCUAAUUCUUAACCCAAAUACCGGAGAGCUCAAACUCGGCAAAGAUCUGGACAACAACAGACCUCUGGAGGCCACCAUGAAAGUUUCUGUCACAGGUCAGUUAACUUUUCUCUGUAUCUCUUGAAUGAUCUGUAUUUGCUUGAAAUGUCUCUAAAUUUGAGAUUUUGCAGUGUAGGGUAAGCAGAAAAAAAAAAUCAGCGUAUAAAAAUAUGAUUAAUUUGAAUAUGUUGGUUUGUCAAUGUCAAUGAUGGAUCUGCUGCUCUGAAGGGCUGCAUGAUUUCAGGCUGUUUGCUGCAGGCUGAACCACAAUCCUGUUCUUCUGCUUAUGAAGUGUUUGUGAGAAAUGUUGACGAAGCCAAGAACCGUUUGUGCGUGAGAAUGAAGUCUCGGUUCACUUUUAGAGGAUUAUUUAACUUCUGUUAAAUCGAAAUCCCCGCCAGUGUUCUGUUAUGAUAUGUUUGAGAUGAGCAACAUAUUAUAUUUGUAUUGUAAUUACUAUGAACUUUUGGAGACUUACUCCUUACUGCCAGAUCACUCAGUUUAUCUUUUUAAGAUCACAAAAGUGAUCUGGUGCUCACAAAUGCAACCUGCCUUUUCAAAUAGCAUCAGCUUCUCAUAUCUCAUGCUUUUCCUUCCCUGUUUCUGUCCUCCUUUCCUAUCUCUCUUUUCCUCCCACAUACCGCUUUUCCUGUUAAUUUGCAACUUGCAAUUCAAAUACAUUACACAGAAUACAGCUCUCUUGUCUGUACUUUGUGGCUUUAUGGCUAUGUCUUUGUUGGUCUGAUUGCCGGUCCUCAUCUGAAUGUGCAUGCUCAUGGUCAUUGUUGGGGUUGUAAUGAGCUGCAUUCAUGCCAUGCUCUCUCAUUCAUGACAAAGACACAUUGGUUUCCAUUGCCAUUUUACUUCCCACCCUCUUUUAUACCCUUUCUUUUUGGUCUGAUAAACUAAUACAUUUUAUUCCUUGGACAUACCCACAUGUCAGAUGUUAGGUAACCAUUAACACUGCUAAUGUGACCUCUUCACCUCCAGCCCAGGGAGAAGGAAACAGCACCUAAAAGGAAAACAUGUGACAGAGCUCUUAGCUAGAUUUUAAUGUCUACACUGGUCUGUGAGUGAAUUUAAUGCUUUUAACUGCUAAUGAGGUGUCUCAAAUUCAGCCUUCCUCUAAAAUGUAGCUAAUGUUUUUUGAUCAUGCAAUUUUUGAGUCUUAGCAGAGCUGAAAGAAGAUCGAUUAGACAGAAAUAAUUAAGUUCAAUUGUUUUGUUUUCCAUCAGGUAUUUGCUAUAUUAAGUUAAAUACAUUUAGAAACUGCAUAAAUGCAUUACUAUUUGCUGUUUAUAUUGGUUAUACUUAAGGUUAGGGGUUUUGUUUAAACCAUCAAACCUAAGUAUUUAAAACUGAUCUUACUUUUAACUAAUCUGACUUAUCAUUUUAACCUGGCAAACAAUAAAACAGGCAAAAUAAUGCAAAAUUAAUUAAAUAUUCAACCCGAGUGGCCUGAGCCACAUCUAGGAACCAAAAUAUCAUAGAGACUUGGUGAUAGGCUCUUUUGAUUUGGGGCUGAAAGCAGCCACACAGAACACCCUAGAAACCACAUAGCAACAUGUUAAAACCCAGUCAAAACAAAUGCAUAGUAGCGCACUAGCAACCACCACUGAGCCACCUACUAUAAUUAGAGAUGCACGAUAAAUAUCGGCACAAUAUUAAUGCGCAUCUCGUCAGUGAAGCCGGUUCUGUAAUCAGCGGUAAAUCA